AUGAAUUCACCAAGCCAACCAGCCGAACCGCUCUCUGGAAACCAGGACAACAAUGCGGCACCAACCGGUAACACCUUUGACCAGUCCACUGUGCAGCCACGCCGAUCAAGACGGGCCUCAUCCGUCCUUGCAGCAUCAAAUACUGCAUCAAAAAGACCAGGCGCACCUUCGUCCGAUUCAGCUCAGUCAACUGCGGUGUCGAAAAAGCCGAAGCGCAAGCAGAAGAGAUCACGCGGACAGCCCUUGCCUCAGCCCGCCACGGAGAAAGUCACUCAAAAACAAAUCUUAUUCACGGGCUUGUGGGACAAGACCAUCAAAUCAUGGGACGUCGAGACCCAAGUCUUAUUAUCAACCUCUACCGGCCAUAUCGACUUCGUCAAGUCAAUCCAUAUCAUCCCUAAUCUGGGUCUUUUGGUGUCCGGCUCGACAGACCGGGACAUCCGACUGUGGGACUUCAAGCAGUCGAUUGAGUCAUUUGACUGGAGCGAGAUUGAGGCGCAAUGUCACGCCCAAAGGCGGGCAAAGAUCAAGGCGAAUCAGUCAAAAACGGAGCAGGAGAUUGCGGCUGAGGAUGCCAUAGAAGACGCCCCAGCGGGUUUUUAG